AUGCCGAUGAAGAUUGAAGAGCUGAUAAAGAGCUGUUUUAGGAUCGUUGUGUCUAGGGCUCAGUGCCAAGCUGCUAGAAAUAAAGCUCGGAAAUGGAUAACGAGAGAGUAUGAGGAGCAGUUUUCAAGACUCCGAGAUUAUGGAGCUGAGAUACUCGAGUCUAAUCCGGGUUCUAGUGUGGAUAUUGACUACAUAAAGAAUGCAGAAGGUUUAGAUGUUUUCAACAGGUUCUACGUUUGCUUUGAUAUCAUUAGGAGAAAGUGGAAAAACACUUGCAGGCCGAUUAUAGGAGUUGAUGGGACCUUCUUAAAGUCAACAAUAAGUGGGCAGUUGUUGGUAGCUUUAGGUCGAGAUGCAGACAAUGCUAUAUACCCUAUAGCUUGGUGUAUUGUGCAAGUUGAAAACACAGACAAUUGGUUGUGGUUUAUGAACAAGAUCAAAGCUGAUUUGGGCUUAGAAGAUGGCGACAACUACAUUUUGAUUUCGGAUAGGCAAAAGGGAUUGAUAAGCGCCGCGAGAACGACUCUGCCUAAGAUAGAACAUAGAAUGUGUGUUAGGCACAUCUAUGGAAACAUGGUGCGUGUGAGAGCUAGGCUGACUAUGGUGCGUAUUGCGAAGAGAGAUGUUAUAGCAGGUGGACAUGAAAGCCUAUGCACUCCAUAUGUGAUUGAGUAUCUCGAGGAGCUGCUUAAAAAAGAGAAGGUUGAGGAAGCUAAGGUUUACAGGAGCACAAACAACACAUGGCAAGUUAUUCACCAAGAAAGCACUCAUCGUGUUAGUCUAGCUGCUAGAACUUGUACGUGUAGGAGAUGCGAGAUCACUGGAAUUCCUUGUGCGCAUGCUUAUGCAGUUAUUUUACACAUUAAAGGUCAGCCUCAAGAGUAUGUGUGUCAUUGGUUUAGGACAUCACUGUGGAGGAUAACCUAUGACGAAGGUAUCAUUCCAUUAAGAAGUGCAAGAUUUUGGCCAGUUGGAGAUGGACCAACUGUGCAUAAACCUCCUCCACCAGAGGACAAAGAGGACAAAGGCGACAAGGAAAAUGGUAAAGGCGAGAAGAAGAAAGGUAAAGGGGAAACCAAGCUUACUAAGAAGGAUAAGGAAAGGAAGAAAGGAAAAAAUGAGUCACCAACUAAGAAGAAAACAAAGCUUUUGAAGAGAGUGAUGCAUUGUGGAAUAUGUGGAGAAGCUACUCACAACUCACGGUUUCAUGACCCUAAAAAGAACAAGAAUCCUAAUGGCGACUCUUCUCAGGUUGAUGCAUCUCAAGAUCAUGCUUCUCAAGGUCAUGCUUCGCAGAGUACUCACAACUCAAGGCCUAAGAAGAAGUCCAAAAAGAAUCCUAAUGGCGACUCUUCUCAGGUUGAUGCAUCUCAAGUUCAGCAUUCUCAGAGUGAGAAUUGGGCUCCUUGGUAA